AUUUAAUCAGCAGAAAAUGUAUGGCCUCUAUUCAAUUUUUACAGCUGAAUUAUAUAAAUGUACACCUCUUUGAUCACAACCCAUCAUAUACAAUAAACACCUAAAAUUUCCCAGCAAGUCCGAAAGCAAUGAAAGCUACUAAAGUACAAGAAAAUGUUGAGCCAUCUCUUCAAAAAAAGAGCAAGGUGGCUGAUCAAUUGGAGCCAUGGCUACAAUUGGAAGGCAAAGUGGUGUUUGUCACCGGAGCAUCGGGAGGGCUCGGCCGCGAAUUCUGCCUUGACCUAGCUAGGGCCGGCUGUAAAGUCGUGGCAGCUGCUCGUCGGGUGGACCGGUUGAAAUCACUUUGUGAUGAAAUUAAUACAAUGGCAAGUUCAAAUUCUCAUGUUGUUAGAGCUGUGGCUAUUGAACUUGAUGUUACUGCUGAUGGUCCAACAAUUGAAGCAUCUGUGAAAAAAGCUUGGGAUGCUUUUGGUCACAUUGAUACUCUUAUUAACAAUGCUGGUGUUAGAGGUGGAAUAAAAUCAGCAGUGGAUCUUUCUGAGAAAGAGUGGAAUAACACUUUGAGGACAAAUUUGACAGGAUCUUGGUUGGUAUCUAAAUAUGUUGGAAGAUACAUGCAAGCUGCAAAAAGAGGAGGCUCCAUUAUAAAUAUUUCAUCAAUUUCUGGUUUAAAUAGAGCUUUAAUGCGUGGGUGUGUUGCUUAUAGUUCCUCCAAAGCUGGCAUGGAUUCUAUGACGAAGAUAAUGGCAUUAGAAUUGGGGGAAGACAACAUUAGAGUGAAUGCAAUAGCUCCAGGGCUUUUCAAAUCAGAGAUCACUGAGCAAUUAGUGCAAAAAGAUUGGCUAAAAAAUGUUGCAACAAGAACUGUUCCUCUGAAAACUUUUGGCACUACAGAUCCUGCAUUAACUUCACUAGUGCGAUAUUUGGUCCAUGAUUCUUCCAAUUAUGUAUCUGGCAAUAUAUUCAUUGUUGAUGCUGGUUACACUCUACCUGGCCUCCCUAUUUUUUCUUCUCUGUAAUUUAUGCCACUUGAUGAACACUAGUAAGUCAGACCUUUCUAUAAUAGCAUUUCUGCCUAUGGUGGUCAAAAAAUAUCCGGACAAAUGACAACGUUAUAAACAAAGUUAUAUUGUGUAUUA